UGAUAGCUCGUUAUUCAAUCACUGGCAACGAUGGCUAACACAAAGCUUUGCUUAUUUCUUUUCACAGUAUGUCUGAGUUGCGGUCUAUGCAAACCCAAUAUGAGUAACUCGUACGAUACGAUCGUGGUGGGCAUGGGCGCCGCCGGCGUGACGGCCGCGGCGACGCUGGCCAAGGCCGGCAGGAGAGUACUCGGGCUGGAGGCCGACGACAGGAUCGGCGGAAGAGUCAAGACUGUGCCCUUCGGAGACGGCGUCGUCGAAGUCGGCGCUGAAUGGAUCCAUGGCACAGUAAACAGCAGAGUGUAUGAUGCUGCUGUCCAACACAACGUGUCUACAGUAGAGCAGAGUUUAUCAAGUGAAGUGUUCAGAUCUGAUGGAUCAUAUGGUAACCGAGAUCUAUUUAAUGAGCUGACAAAGUUUUGCAUAGAAAUAGUUGAACAAUCAAGUGAUACUCCCGAACCGCUUGGACAGUUUGUCACUGCAAGACUCAUGGAAUAUUUAAAGAAGAAUCAUCCAGAUGUGUUGAAAGACCAGGACUUUGUUACUGAGUUUUUGGAGGUAAUGAACCUCUUCACAAACAACCACGAGUCUUCGAACGACUGGAAUGAUGUAACAACUCACACAACCUACGAAGUACUUGGAGGACAUUUACAUGCUAGUUGGCACAAACACGGAUACAAAACUUUUUUUGAAAUUUUACUGAAUAAAUACAAUAAUGGUUCUGGUUUGCCUUCCCUGGACAUCAAAUUGAACAAAGAGGUGACCCAGAUAAAAUGGCCAAAAGACUCAACAGGAGGGGUGGAGGUGGUGUGCAAAGAUGGGGAGAAAUUUACUGCUAGUAAUGUCAUUGUAACUGUGUCUGUGGGUGUGCUUAAAGAGAGAUACUCACAACUUUUUUCGCCGUUGUUGCCACAGGAAAAAAUUGAUAUGAUCCAAACAAUACCCAUCGGUGUCAUGGACAAAGUUAUAUUGAAAUUCGACCAGCCCUGGUGGAAGAGUAUACCGUAUACCUUCAUGUUUUUCCUCUGGAAGGGCCAGGAUAAGAAGCAAGUCAGUGACGAAGACUAUUGGACGACCAGAAUAUUCGGCUGCAGCACUCCCAUGGGCUCAAAGAAUGCUCUAACGUUAUGGACUAGCGGGGACGUCGGAAAAUUGGUUGAAACACUUCCUGAGGAUGUUGUUAUCAAAAAGUCGGUGGCGCUUCUCAGAAAAUUCAUGGGUGCCAACUUCACGAUACCGGAGCCCACCGGAAUGGUGAGAUCAACGUGGUACUCCAACCCGUUCACUCGCGGCAGCUACUCGUACGACAACCUGGCGAUGCCGCAGCACCCCGACGCCAGGUCCGUCCUCCGGCAGCCGCUGCUGGAUGCCGCCGGCACGCCCAGGGUGCUCUUCGCCGGGGAGGCCACGGACCUCACCCACUUCUCCACGGUCCACGGCGCCAGCGACUCCGGCUACAGAGAGGCCAUGCGACUGCUGCCAGCCAGCAAAAUAUAGAAUAUUUGUACAUGAACAAUGGAGGUACCGCAGUAGUGUAGUAAACUUUUGUACGCCGCAAAUAUAAGGAAAAUCCAGCCCCCUUAUUAUGAACAUGGACUUUGUUGCUUAUGUUCACAAUUUUGUCGUUUGACCUUUUUAUAUCUUAGUAUUUAAAAAGUAUUUAUACUUUUAAAAUACUUAGAUAUAAAAAGGUCAGGUUUUUUGCCGAAAGCCAAAAAAAUAUAUUUUGACAUUUACGUCAAAAUAUAUUUUUUUGGCUUUUGGCACUGACACCGGGGGUGUACUUUGCCACAUACAAGGGUAGUCGGGUUUCUUCAUAAUAAUUUUAAUCAACGUUUUACUAUAUCGUCAAGUCAAAGUAAAAGUCAAAGCAGUCAAGGAGUCAAGUCGGUCAAUUCAGCAAAGUGAUAGACGCUGUGCACAAUAACGAAUAUCUAAUGGUUAAUAUUCUACCAAUAUAUCAUACUAAAUACCCAGUAGGAAAAAAAUACAAAAACACAACAGCAUACUUUCACAUUCCCGGCAAAACUCCAGCAAUGAAGUUCACGUUCAUCAAAGUUACAUAUUUAUUAGGUCUGUCACUUAAACUAUUAGGGCUCAGCCUCGUAAUCAGCGGGCAGCGGGGCGGUGGUGGUGGCGGCGCGGGAGCGGCGCGUGUGUAGAUUUAUUGGCUUCGAAAGCAGCGGUGCGGCGAGCGGCGAACACAUACUCACAUACUAGAAGACGACUUCCCGCGCUGCCGUCACCGCUCCCACCCUGCUGCUCGCUGGUUUCGAGGCUGAGGCCUUAGUAACAUAGAUGGCGCUGUAAUAUCUAGGCGACACUAGAGCCAAUGUGAUAAGGCCUUUUAUCGAAACAUUGUUGUGGUUUCAGCAAAUCAGCAGUGAUUUAAGUUACACCUAUUUUUGUUCGUUCAGUCACACUGAAAAGUGAAAUGUAAUGCCUCUUAAUUUACUAUGAUCACCCUAGUUUAUGUAUUUUAAUUAAAACGUUAUUGUGUU